AUGUUUUACAAAAACGUCUUUUAAAAAGUUACUAAAAACUUAAAAAAUUUUGUUCUUGAACUUUCGAAAAACUUUUGUUGAAAAUAGCAGCUAAUAAUUUAAAAUUACCUUAAAAGUUUUGAUCUGAUUGGUUUAUACCGUCAUAAAAGAAAAAAUGGUAUUUGAAACAAAAAACACAGAUGAGAACGUUGUUAAGACUAGAAGCAUUCAUAAGCAUUUAGAGGAACACUACGAUGAGCACGUGGAUAGCUUGUUACCAAAUGAUUAUCAUCGAGGGGAUAUAACAUCUUCUAACCGGUUGUUAGCUUAUUCAGACGCUGUGAUGGCAACAUGCGCAACUUUUCUAGUUCUUCCUAUUCGAAAUUUAAAAAAACAAACGGAAAACCAAUCUCUUAGUAAUUUCAUUGAAAAAAUUUCUGGCGAAUUUAUCAUUUUUUUCCUGGGUUUUUUGAUUAUUCUUACAAUAUGGGAAAAUAUGAACAUUCGAGCAAUUGUGAUAAAACGAGUUGAUGACUUUAUAUUAACGUUAGUAACGUUUGAGAUGUUGGUAACUACUGUUCUUCCUUUUACGCUGGCAUUGCAGGGGCAUUAUCCUACAGAAAAAGUCUCGGUUUUGGCAACAUGUGUUACUUUAGGUGUUCUCCAAAUUUUAGAUUUUGGAAUAAUAUUGUAUGCUACGCAAUCACCAGAUCUGCUUCAUGUUAACUUAAAAAAAUGGGACAAAUCUGAUCUUCGAGAAUUAACUUUAAUAAUGAUUUUUAGACCAGUUGUUAGUUUAAUAUUACUAGUAAUUGCUGGCGCGUUUUGUUUGGUUCAUUUUGGCAUUUCAUGGGCAUUUAUUGCGUUACUAAUAUUUAUGCCCACAGUUCGCAAAUUUUACUGGUUUAUUCGCCGACGAUUGGUAAAAGUUGAAAAAUCGGAAAAAAACUUAUUUUUAGAACAUUAUUCAAAAGGCAAUAUUUCUAAAGAACGAAUAGAAAUAAUGAGCGAUGCAGCUAUUGCAAUUAUAGCAUGCAUUCUUAUACUUGACAUUACUGUGGAAGAGUUUCCCAAUCCAGAUAAAGUUUUAAAGAGUGGACACAGCCUUAUAUACUCAUUGAAACAUAUGACUUCAGAGUUUCUCACAUUUCUUGCCACAUUCUGUUUGGUUUCAGCUUUAUGGUAUAUCAAUCAUGCUGUGCUACAUUUGGUUGAGACUGUUAACUCCAUUAUGUUAUACUUGCAAAAAAUUUUUCUAUCAUUUUGUUGUCUAACACCUCUUGCUGGAAACAUGGUAUUACAUUUUGGGAUACACAGUGAUAGUGAUUCUUCAAUUGCAAUACGUUUUGCUUCAAUGAUAGUGUUUAUUUCAAGUACAGCAAACCUUUUUAUUUAUUUGUAUGGCAACCUAACUGGAUCGAAAUAUUUUUAUGAAUGGGCUUCAUUUGAGCAUUAUUGGAAAAACAAACGUCAGCAUAUUUACUAUUUAGCUAAAGCGUUAAAUAUACCAUUUUGGUCAUUGAUUUGCACUUUAGGAACCUUAGGUUCUCAUUCUGCAUCUCCCUACGUUUUGUACAUAACAUUCCUUGCCUCACCUUGUUCUUUUUUUGCUUCAAAAUUGAUUUUGAUGAACCACGUUGGUAAAACUGGAAGAAACUUGAGAAAAACAAUUUUACGGCGAAAAUCGCUUAUUAAAGAAAAACCUGUUCCCGCAAACAACGAAAAUGAGUUGAUUUCCCCAAUAGACAUGAUAACUACGUCAUUGGAAACAAGGUAUCCCGAAAGCUACACCAUGAAAAACGAGAAUUUUAAUUAAAAAAAGUUUAGAACACUUUAACACUCUAUUUUUAUUUUUAAGGAUUUAUGUAUGCAUA